CUGUAAAAAAAGUCCGUGGAUUUAACGGUGAAAGAAUGUAAAAUAGUGAAGGAAAAAAAACGUAAUUAAAAAAUCAUGAAAUUACCGUUAAAUUGACGGUGUAAUGCUGUUAAUGUAAAAACAAGGACAUUUAAUAUGUUUCACCUGAUUGCUUUGUAAAAUGUCUGUUAUUUUACCACCAAACAACAUAGCACACAAACAAAAUAAACAGAUAAUCACUGUAGGCCUAUUGCAAAAAUUUCUGAUGUAUGCUGUUAGCAGUAUGUUAUGCACUUGUGUUUUUUAACAAUAAAUCAGGCAGCUUAAAAAACUUUAGUCUCUCCCAUAAUAAAAUACUUAAUGUAAUAUUACAUAUUAAAUGAAGUAUUUUAAUUGCAAUGACUCCUCCUGAUUUAGACUCCUCAGUAAUGUCAUUAAAUUCUGAAAUUAAUAUGAAAUGCAAUAUGUAAAAGGUUUUAAAAUCCAUACUUUAUGUUAUUGUUUUGGGUUCAUAUGCAAUAUAUUGCAUUUAUAUUAUGUUGCAUCAUAUUAAUUAAAAACAUUUUUAAAAAUUGUAAUUUUUAUGUUAUGUUAAAUUAAGGCUUUACUUUAUGCUACAGUCUUCAUUUUAUUAGUUGUCCACUCAGUACAACGACUUUGUAUAAAGUGAAGGAUUUUUUUAUAAAAUGUAUUGAUUUUUGAACUGUCCAAUCAGCGCCCACGUUGCACCGUUGCCGAUGCCGUUGCCUAGGAUAGCUCAUUAGGUUCGCGGUCUUUCUGGAACACAGUCAAGAAAAGCAUCGUGCUGCUGUUUACUCCUCUGAUUUUAAGUGCUAUUCGUCUCUUUGGUGAGCACAUAUAAGCACAGUUUGUUACAUUUAAGAUAUAAUAAUUGCCUUCGUUAUCAGUUUUAGUUAUGGUUAUAUUCUGAGUUAAGUUACUUGCAAAAAUAUUUGUGAGGUAAACCAUAUGCGCGAGCCCGUUGGUUUGGCGGUCUUUCUGGAACACAGCCAAGCAAAGCAUCGUGCUGCUGUUUACUCCUCUGAUUUUAAGUGUUAUUCGUCUCUUUGGUGAGCACAUAUAAGCACAGUUUGUUACAUUUAAGAUAUAAUAAUUGCCUUCGUUAUCAGUUUUAGUUAUGGUUAUAUUCUGAGUUAAGUUACUUGCAAAAAUAUUUGUGAGGUAAACCAUAUGCGCGAGCCCGUUGGUUUGGCGGUCUUUCUGGAACACAGCCAAGCAAAGCAUCGUGCUGCUGUUUACUCCUCUGAUUUUAAGUGUUAUUCGUCUCUUUGGUGAGCACAUAUAAGCACAGUUUGUUACAUUUAAGAUAUAAUAAUUGCCUUCGUUAUCAGUUUUAGUUAUGGUUAUAUUCUGAGUUAAGUUACUUGCAAAAAUAUUUGUGAGGUAAACCAUAUGCGUUGGCGGUUUUUUUAGCUGACCCAGGAAAGGAAGGCGACGUGCUGCUGUUAACUCAUGAAAUGUAAAUUAAAUGAACACACAAAAUCUCUUUGGUGAGCACAUAUAAGCCCAGUUUGUGGUAUUAAUUGUCUUAUUGUAUAUAAGGUUAUGCGGUUGUGUUUUAAAGCGUUUGGUAUUUUUUCAUGUAAUUUUUCAAAUGUCAAGAAUAAACGUGUAACGUUAACCAGCUGGAUGUCUACUAGUUGUUAAUAUUUUAACCUUUUAAUAGCCUAUAUAACCUUAACGUUACACCCUAACUGUUAGUAGUUUACUAAUUCGCUCGGGAAUUCGCUUGGUUUCUUUGUCAUUAAAACAUUUUGCGACCCAUAUAAGUUAUCAGUCUGUUUGUGGGGCUAAAGGAAUAAUAGUGGAGAUUGUAAUAAGAGCAUCAUAUUAAACCAUUUGUAAAAGCCCUGGUUUCAAGUUUUAAAGCUUUUUUGUUUUAUUGUCAUUUCAGUUGUCCAGUCAGUGCCACUGCGUUGCAUAGUAUGUUUUAUUUUAAAUGAAAGUUAUUUCUUUUAUUAAAAGUCUUGUCUUUCUAUUGACGAUCAGUCCCGUCAGCACUCAAGACGUUGCACUGCCUGCUCUGUGUCGUUUGUUUGGCGGUCUUUCUGCAACACGCACAGGAAGCACAGGAAUUGCUCCUUUAACAGCAUUGAUCAUUCACAUCGACAAUCUGCACCAGAGAUUACAUCUGUUUCAACUGAGCAAUAUCCUGCAGCUUCUGACCUGGAUGUAAAUACAGGUGAGUCAGAAGUUGAAAUGGGUUCAUUUGAAAAUUUUGAUGAUUUAUUUUUAAAAAAUCUUAGCUUAUUUUAUCUGAAAUUACAAGGACAGUUUCUUCUCGCAGCUUCUACAAUACAAAAUAUUGUAGAUGAGAUGCAAAAUAUUCAUGAAUUGGGACAAACAUAUACUGUUAGUAAGCUUCAUUCACUUUUGCAGAAUGACCUGUCACUACCUGAGGAAACAAUUUCUAAAAUCCUUGCUACAGUGAAAGAAUCAGACUUGUUUUCUAUGUGUCACAAGGGACCUUUGCGAACAGUGUACUCAAGGAGCCAGGCAUUUAAAAAAGUAUUCAGCUAUGUUGAACCAAAAAGAAUACUUUUAGGUAGAGAUGAGAACCGGAAAGAGCAGUUUGCAUAUUAUGUUCCUGUAAAAGAGACAUUGAGGUGUUUGUUAAAUUCAGAUAUUGGGAAGAAUUACAUUUCAAUGCACCUGACUGAAAACAACUCUGACAUUCUUUGUGAUUGCUCAGAUGGCCAAAUACUUAAGUGCAGAGAUUUCUCUGAAGACAAUCCAAGCCUUCAGCUACUGCUCUAUCAGGAUGCUUUUGAGGUGGUUAACCCUUUAGGGUCUGCACGCAAGAAACACAAAAUUUUGGCUGUUUAUCUCUCUCUCGUUAAUUUGCCAGCUCAUCUUAGGUCAAACACAGAACAUAUGCAGCUGGUUAUGUUGUGCAGGGAGAAGGACUUUAAAGACUUUGGCCAUGAAAGUGUUUUCUCACAGCUAGUAGCAGACCUGAAAGAUCUUGAGGAAAAUGGGAUUUCUCUGUCAGACCAGUCUGUUAUUAAAGGCAGUCUUUACUGCAUUGCUGGAGAUAACUUGGGAUCACACUGUAUUGGUGGGUUCACUGAAAACUUUAGCCAGUCCAAGUACUUUUGCAGGUACUGUCUAAUUACUAAAGAUGAAUUUCAGAGUGUUGACCCAAAUUCAUGUGGUCCACUACGUACUGUUGAGGGAUAUGAAUCUGCUGUUAAACAGUUACAGACAGAAGGCGUUACAGAGGUUCAAGGCAUAAAGUUCAGUUCAGUUUUCAGUUCUUUGAAAAACUUUAAAGUGUGCCAACCUGGCUUGCCACCUUGCCUUGGUCACGAUGUUUUUGAAGGCGUGUUGUCUUAUGAUGUUGUCCUGUACCUCAAGUAUUUUGUUAAGAAAAAGUGGUUCACUUACCCAGUUCUUAACCGUCGAAUCUGUCAGUUCAAAUAUAGUGGUUCUGACGCUCUCUCAAAACCUUGUGAGGUCAGUCCGCAUGGGCUUAAGCUGGCAGGUCAGGCCAUUCAAAAUUGGAAUUUUUUAAGGCUUCUACCUGUUAUACUUAGUGACAGAGUGCUAGAUCCUGCAGAUGAAGUUUGGCAGUUAACACUUCAGCUAAAGGAGAUUGUUGAACUGAUCUGUGCUCAGAAAAUUUCAGUGUCACAGGUUGCUUACUUGGAUGUUCUCAUACAGGAAUACUUGGAGUCCAGAAAAGCAGCAUUUCCUGAAGUAAAUCUGAGACCGAAACAUCACUACUUGCGGCACUAUCCAGUUAUGGAUGAAUCACAGCAAAGGAAUGUAACCAGUGCAAUUGUUCGGGUACUCCCAGAUCUUUCAUCUUCGGUGCUGGCAUCAGUUGUGGAGACACUGAAUUCACUUGGGGUAACUACACCUGAAGAUUUUCAGUAUGUUCAGGAAGCAGAUCUCCUUCCAGUAUUACGACACAUUCAGGCUAGGAAACUGGUAUCUGUCUUGGGCCAGAAUCAACAAAGCACUGGUUGCGGAUCAACUUCAGCAGAAAACAGUGACAGUCAUUUAGCUUCGUGUUCGUCAUCUUCAUCACAUCUUGUCAAGGUUUCCAAAGUGCCUUUAGACUGGGCAGACAACUUUAAAAUUCCAUGGCAGAAGCUUCCAGAAGAAAUUAUUCAUUGUUUAGAAAAAAAGAAGAGACUAAGUCCUCGAUUACGUCGAGAAAUGAUCAGAAUAGUGGUUUCGGACAUGUUGAAGGUAUGUGAUGGUCCCAGUAAACAAAGUUCAACAACCAUUGCUAAAAAGAUGGUGGCCAAAUACCCUGCAUCCCUGCAGGAUGUUAUUGAGGGUGAGAUAGUUGGUUCAGGGUAUCAUUCGCUGGUGAAACAGCUUCAGAAUCGUGUAGAAAACAUAAAGAGAUCAUAUGUGCCAAAAAUCAGAAAACGCAACAGAACGGAAGACUCUGACACAGACGAGAUUCCUGGUGAAAAAAAAGCAGCAGUUCAAGACACUUAUGGUUGUGUGAAUUGGGAAUUAAAACUUAUGCCACUCAGUGAGACUAAAGAGAGCCAGUUGGAUAAACAAGAACAAAUGAAGAUGAUGUCUACAACAGCUAAUCCUGACCCAGAAGUAGUAAGCAGUCUUUUGAAAGCAACAUACUAUACACAACGCAGAGACAUAAACAAUGGAACAAGCAUGCAACAGCUUUGUGAGACCUGGCCUUUUUUGUUUCGAGAGGUUGGCAUGUGUGUACACUUCAAGUUGCUAACAGGAAUCGAUCUAAAGGAGAUGCUCUUCAACAGCUUGGAUAAAAAGGGAAAGCGGCUCCUUAACUUUCUAAAAACUGUUGGUGCAGAACGGAAGAAACGAGUACUUCAAGCUGCUGCAAAACUUGAAGUUAUGAGGGGACAAAUUGAGGGAUGUUCUGAAGAUAUUAAAGACUUGGUACUGCUCCUGCUUGCCUACUUCGAUGAAAAGGAAGAGAUGAUGUUUCACUAUGUUGAAGAGUCUUGCCUUGUUGAAGAUGUACAGCUAGAUAAGUUACCAGCAACACCCUGCAUCGUUGUCUGUGGCUCUUCCUGCUACACAUCAAAGCUGUUCAUGGUGAGCAUUGACCAAAGGAUAACAACUCCACACAUUUCUACUUUCAUCUCAGCAAUAUGCAUAAUGUUUGGCAGCUUCUACUGUUUCAACAUUCAUUAUCCUUUGGAGCUGGGUUCUACUCUGGAGUUCCUGCAAAGAUGCUUCUUUAGCAUAAACCCAGAGAAGGGCACCAAAGUUGAAUGGAAAAAAAACAAAAAACAGCUCCCAGUGAAUCCCAGAGUCCUUACACUCAUAGCAGACCUUGCGGAUCAUGAAUGGAGAGCAGAUUAAGGUUGGACUCUGCUAUUAGUAUUUUGAUUUUUUUUUUUUUUGAGACAUUUUACAGGUGUUCUGUUCACUUUAAGGAUACAAGUUUGCAAAUUUGUAUUUGUUUACUUAAUCGCAAUGUUAAGUCACUUGCUGAUGCUCAGACUUUGUGUUUGAGAUUUCUGUGUUGUGUGUUGAAUGUUCCAUCCUACAAACUUAUGUAAUGGUACUAUGCGCCUGUAGUCAUUUUAAAAAAGAAAAUAUAUUUGUAGCUGAAAUUAAAUCUGUUUAAAGCCAAUGAAAUUCAGAGAUUUUAAGGUUUAUGUGGUUAUGCUGUUUUGUGUACUGUCAAUUUAUGAAUUUAUAUUUCCCUACGGAAAGAUACUUUUUGAUAUAAAAAAGUUAAAAUCUGUAUGCUCUCUAUACAUGGGUUGUGUAUACCUUUGGUGUUCAUGUUUUUCAUUAACAUGGUUAAACCAUUCUGAUGAUAGAACGUUCUGUGUAUGUUUUUUUAAAUGUUGCUUUCUGGUAAAUUUCUUGUAUUUCAAAAUGUUUGUUCUGCACUCUUGAACUGUUUAAUGAAAAGAAAUAUGGAUGCCUAAAUUUGUGUUUACUGAAUUUGUGGUAUUUAAAUAAAAAUGUAGCCAGUAUAAGUGA